GAGAGGGGGGAAUGUCGGCUUGGGAGGUGCGGGUCGGGGCGGUGUGUCCCGGUGGAGCCCGGGCAACGCUCCUGGUUUGAGUCACGGCGGAAUCCGUGACCCCCGGGGAGUGGAUGCCAACCCCGGAUGAGUCGGCGGGGAGGAAGUGGAUGUGUUUGCUGCGAGCCCGCAGGAACCGGGCAGGGGGGAAGCAGGGUGAGGGCAGGCGCCCAUCCCCGCGCCGUCGGGGCUUCUCUCACCCCAAGCAUCCCCCUUCCACGCCGGUUACCGGAGCGGUGCUGAACCUUGGCGGGAGCAGGUCGGCACCGCAACACCGAGCACCAGCUCGGCGUCCCGGCUCUCUGCGGGCCCGGGGGCCCUGGGGAGGUGACGAUGGUGCCGAAGGGCCACCAGCCCCGCUCCCCUCCGCCCUGGUGGCAGCUUUGCCGUCGGAGAGCGGCGCGGAAAUUCGUGCUGAGCUGGAGGACUGCACCCUUCAGGUCUCACCCUCUGGACACUACCUGGACCUCGACUUGUCCCUGCUGGAGCAGAAGGAUGACCUGGAGGGUUUCUACGAGGAGGUCAGGAAGGGGAGACGUCCGACCCUCAUCCUGCGCACCCAGCUCUCUGUCCGGGUCCACGCCAUCAUUGAGAAACUCUACAAUUCCCAGGGGCCAGAGCUGCGGCGAUCCCUCUUCUCCCUCAAGCAGCUCUUCCAGGAGGACAAGGACCUGGUGCCCGAGUUUGUCAACCUGGAUGGGCUGAGCUGUCUGAUCAAAGUGGGGGCAGAGGCUGACCAGAACUACCAGAAUUACAUCCUCCGAGCCUUGAGCCAGAUCAUGCUCUUUGUGGAUGGGAUGCAAGGUGUCAUCAACCACAACGAGACCAUCCAGUGGCUCUACACCCUCUCAGGAAGCCCAUUCCGCCUGGUGGUGAAGAUGGCCCUGAAGCUGCUGCUAGUGUUUGUGGAGUACACGGAGCCCAACGCCCUGCUCCUCAUCCACGCUGUCAACACCGUGGACCAGGCGAGAGGAACGUGUCCAUGGUCCAGCUUGAUGGCUGUCCUGGAGCAACGCAAUGGGGCUGACACAGAACUCCUGGUCUUUGCCAUGACUCUCAUCAACAAGACACUGGCUGCCCUCCCAGACCAGGACACCUUCUACGAUGUGACAGACUGCCUGGAGCAGCAGGGCAUGGAACGAGUGGUGCAGCAGCACCUGGGCAACAAGGCCACAGACCUGGACCUGAAGCAGCAGUUCCUGCUCUACGAGAGUGCACUCAAGCUGGAGGAUGGGGUGGAGGAGCCAUCUCCAGGGACACGCAAGGAGAGGAGGAGGACGGAUGAGGGCCGGCGCGGGUGGCGAUCCCAGGGAGGCUGUGCAGAGCCCAGCCCCGAUGCCCAGACACUGCCAGGGUCCCCUGGCAGCCCUAAGGAACCCCCCACUGAGGGCACCCUGGACGUCCCUGCACCCAGCAGCCCCGCAGAACCUUGUCCCACCAGCACGUACAGCAGCUCAUCCAGCGUCCGGCUGUCCCUGUCACCUCCCCUGGCCGAGCAGGAGCAGCCCCCAGGCCUGGGCGAACGCAGCGUCUACAAGCUGCGCCACACUGCCCCUGUCUGGAGGGAGGAUGCCCCCCCCUUGCAUGGGGACAAGCCUGUUUUGAGGAGGUUUGAAACUCGCUUCUUGGAGAACCUGGCUGCAGCCCAGAAAGAGAAGAUGGCUUCCAUGGCCAAGGGACGGCUCGAUGUCCUCAGCGAUGCUGCACUGGAACAUCCCCCCCCUCUGGCAUGGGACAGGGACAGCAGCACCCCUGAGUCUGGGAUGGAGACACCCAACCUAAGGUCUCGCUUGGCUCGUCCCGACACCACCGACUCCUGCAGCACCAUCUCCUCUGACACCAAAUUUAUGCUGGACAUGCUCUAUUCCAAAGGCUCUCCAGAGCCAGGGAGGGAAAAGGUCUUCCCUGAGGUCCCAUCAUCCCCCCUGGUCCAGGGUGAGGUGGGGAUGGAUGCUGAGGGAGGUGGCAGCUGGGAGCAGGAGGGUGCCCGGCUCCGGAGCAGGGCUGCAGACGGACCGGUCGCCAGUGCCCACGCCAAGCUGGCACGUGCCAUGUCCAGCAUAGAUGCUGAGAGCCAGACACAGAAGCUGGAGAACACUGGGAUGAUGCCCAUCAAGAAGGAGGUGGAGCUGACAUGGGAGAACCUGGAGGCAAGCCCUGUGCAGCUGAAGAUCAAGGACCUGGACUUCACUGAUCUGGGGGAAGAAGAUGACUUCGACAUCCUCGACUCGGGGCCCAUGGCAAAUGGCUCCUUCCUCCCUUCCAGCAUUGAAGCAACGAGUGCUGGAGCUCUGAUGGUUCCCUCUCCACCUGCUGCACCUGGUUGCCCACCACCUCCACCUCCACUUCCUGCAGCCCCUGGUUGCCCACCACCUCCACCUCCACCAGUCCCUGGUUGCCCUCCACCUCCACCAAUCCCCCAUUGCCCACCUCCCCCAGGGCUGCCAAGCCCCUCAACAACAGAUGGCCCUUCCCAGGCCAAGAAGAAGAGGACAGUGAAGCUCUUUUGGAAGGAGCUGAAGCAGCUGGAUGGCACUCUGGGGCCAGGAAGGUUUGGCCAGGAAACCCUAUGGGCAUCCUUGCAGAACGUUGAGGUCAAUGCUGCCAAACUGGAACAUCUCUUUGAGUCACGGUCAAAGGAAGCAACGACUUCAAAGAAAGCCAACGAUGGAAAGAAGGUGGUGGUGGUGCUGGACCCCAAGAGGAGCAACGCCAUCAACAUUGGCCUCACGGUGCUGCCUCCUGUGCACAUCAUCAAGACAGCUGUGCUCAACUUUGAUGAGUUUGCAGUCAACAAGGAAGGGAUUGAGAAAAUCCUGACCAUGGUCCCGACUGAGGAGGAGAAGCAGAAGAUCCAGGAGGCCCAGUUGGCCAAUCCUGAUGUGCCUCUGGGCUCUGCAGAGCAGUUCCUGCUUGCCUUGUCUUCCAUCAGCGACCUCACGGCUAGGCUUCAGCUCUGGGCCUUCAAGCUGGACUACGAGAGCCUGGAGCAGGAGAUAGCAGAGCCACUGUAUGAUCUGAAGGUGGGCAUGGAGCAGCUGGCCAGGAACCACACCUUCAAGUGCAUCCUGGCCACGCUGCUGGCCAUGGGCAACUUCUUGAAUGGCUCCCAGAGCAGAGGCUUUGAGCUGGGCUACCUGGAGAAGGUCUCGGAAGUGAAGGACACGGUGCACAGGCAGUCUCUGCUCCACCACCUCUGCCAGAUGGUGGUAGAGAAGUUCCCAGAAACCACUGACCUCUACUCGGAGAUUGCCUCCAUCACCCGCUCCGCCAAGGUUGAUUUUGAGGAGCUGGCCAACAGCCUGGUGCAGCUGGAGAGGAGGUGCAGGGCCUCCUGGGACAACCUGAAGGUGAUUGCCAAGCACGAGACCAAGGCAGUGCUGAAGAGCAAGCUGAAGGACUUCCUGAAGGACAGCACCCAGCGCAUCGUGGUCUUGAAGGUGGUGCACAGGCGUGUCCUCAACAGGUUUCACUCCUUCCUGCUGUACCUGGGGUACCCCAGGAGCGUGGCACAGGAGGUGAAGGUGACCUCCAUCUGCAAACUGCUGCGGGAGUUCGCCCUGGAGUACCGCACCUGCCGGGAGCGCGUCCUGCAGCAGCAGAGGAAACGGGACACGCACCGCCAGCGCAACAAGACCCGGGGACGCCUCAUCACCGAGACCGAGAAGUUCUCCAACAUCACCGAGGCUGCCGCGCCGCCCGCCCUGGUGUCCAGCGGCCCCGAGGAGCAGAUGGAAGCAGGGCAUGAGAGCAUGAAGAGCCUCCUGACCUCCCCCACCGAUGCCCCUGCCCGCCGCAGCCGGGCCAGCCGGGGGACAGGGCAAGCCAGCCCGGCCCAGGGCUCUCCAGCCCAGGAGGAUGUCCCCAGCUCCCCAGACGAUGCUUCUGAUGAAAUCAUGGACAGGCUGGUGAAAUCGGUGACACACAGUGCCAACCCCCGGCCCUGCCCCAACAAGGAGCGCAGGAGGUCCCGUGGCAACAGGAAGUCCCUGAGGCGGACGCUGAAGAGCGGUCUGAGCGAUGAGCUGGUGCAGGCACUGGGCCUGGGGCAGGCACCUGGCAUGGAGGUGUGAGGGGACACCCUGUCCCCCUCCAGGAGCCCCAGGGGAAGGAGGGAUGUUGGUGGCAGCCCCCCCUGCAUGCUCUGCACCUUCCCCUCUCUGGCCUUCAGCUGCAGGAGUGGGCAGCAGGGUGGGAGUGAUGUCCUGGAGCUGCUCUGUGGUGCCCGGGAUGGAGGAUGCUCAAGUGGCCAGGAAUGGAGCCUCGGGUUUCAUCUUCUUGACAGUAUUAGAGGGGUCAAGGGGCUGGACCCAGACCUGCUCUGGGACUUGGGUCUGGCCCGUGGCUGCUGUGGCAAUAAAGUGGUCUGACACAC